AGUGUGGCAUACGCAGAUGAAAUGCGUCUUCGAGCAAUAUUUUGGCACUUUCCGAUGUGGUGCCCCGAUAGGCGGGCAAGUAACAACCAAAAUAGUUGGAAUUCAUUGCUUGGCCGAUGUACAUCUCCAGCGAUUUUCGGCUCUCGGCUUGGAUUAGGCAUGUGAUCGCGCGCGCACUUUUCCCACAUACACUCGGAUAGGAUUUUGGAAGGCUCUCACGGAUUACGGUUGUGUGAUUGGUGGUACUUACUAAGUUGUCUUGUUCUUCGUUUUUUUUUUGGCACUUCGGCACUGGUUGCUGUGUUUAGGCGGCAAAGCACUGUGAUGAGCAAGUUUGAGUCCGCAUUUGGAUGCUGUGAAGAUAUCGAGAUGAAGUGGUGAUUCUUAAGAUAAAUAAUAAUUUUAGAGUGUGUGCUAAGGCUGCUGUAGUUUGGCUGCCGAGACUGCCCAGAAAUAUGAAUUACGUUUGUGCUCAGUGAGUUCACCGUGGAUUAAGGCCCAUUUAAAUCAAGCGCAGUCAUUAUAGUGAGACUUGUAAGUGUUUUCUGUGCAACGAAUGAAGCUGUAGAGUGAACUGAAAACAAAAGAUUUGAAUGCUCGCUAGGAAUAUUUGUUAAAAUCAAUCUUUUGAUUAUUUCAACACACGUUGAACCGUUGAGCCACAUUGCUGUGCGCUACUUCAACGUCCGGAUCCUAGUGGAGCGACAAAAAAUGAUGUCAUUACAUUGAGCAUCGAAUCGGCGUAUCACACAGAUGUAAACCAAAUCGACCAAAGAACCCAGGCGACCAAAGAGAGUGAACACGGGCUAGUAAAACUUCCGCCUUCAACGAGGGAAAACUUGAACCAAAUACCAAACAAACCGACAACGAUCGUCAAAGAUGCUAGCGAGUACAUUGGGAACCGCCCAGCGAUUCAAGAAGCGGGAACGAACGCAAAAUUGGGCCUACGAAGAGAAGCGCUUCCUGCUGGAGCUGUGCCGCAAGGACAUGCACAUCAUCGAGAACAAACGGCUGGACAGUGCACUGACGUCGCUCAAAAAUCGUGCCUGGAAGAUCAUCCACCAGCAGUUCGCGAUUGCCUUCGGCACCGACCGGAACUGCAACCGGUUGAAAGAGCAGUGGCGGAGAAUGAAAGCCUGUACACGUGCCGAGAUGCUGGACUAUCAGCAGCGCAUCCAGCGAUACGGCCAAGAAAUGGCGGACCGCAAGAAGCCGAGUCAGUUCACGUUCGAGAUUUGGGAGUUUAUGCAAGAGGCGAAGAAGGUGUGCAAAAACGAACUGAUGGACGACGUGGAUUACUCGAAGAUGAAGCUCUCGCUGGAGGAGAGUCUGCCCCAGGGCGUUUCGAUAAAAGACUGCAGCGACGAGAACGACGAAGAGAGUUCCUCGAUGUGGGACAAAUCCUCACACAACCUGUGCGAAGUGCAAAUCAAGGAGGACUCAAUGGAGGAAGGUGACGAUUACGAGAAAGGUCGACAGGCAAAGUUCCCCCGAUUGAGUGGUCUGCCGAGUUCGUCACCCUACUCAACCGAGCAUGCGCAUACCAAAUUCAGCGAAAUGUUGGCGAGCAGCUUCGCAAGUCGACUUAGUGAACACAUGAGCAAUAACAACAACACCAAAGGUGUUGAUGUGGAGAAUUACGCCCGAACGUUCGGUAGCGAUCCGAACCUGUCCGAUGUACCUGUAAACAUGUCCCAGAACGACCUCACAAACACGCUGGAGGCGUUGAGCAUCCUGAAGAAUCGCUUCAAUCGACUGAACGAACUUGGCCAGUGGAAGAACGCAUUCCACGAGGUACAGAAUCUGAGCGCUGCCAGCAAUAGCCACGGUGAGGUUCAGACGACACACCAACCGGCACACCAGUCGCCACUUCCGCACCCGCAUCCGCAGCCGAGAGCCCUUCAGCAGCCCAGCAGCUCUCCGAUUCCGCCACCCAGCGCGAGUGCAACCAUCGGAAGCCAGCAGAGCCCCAAACUGACCGAACAACAGCAGCAAAGCGAACACGAAUUGAGGAUGGAGAUAUUAAAAACCGAUCUCGAAACGGCUAAAAUCAAUAAAGAAACCGCAGAAAUUAACCGACAAAUUGCACUUCAGAAGCUAAAUAGCCUGAACAGUUGAAACAACAACAAUAUGGGAGACUCGCGCACGGAGUCGCUAAUUGUAAUAAUAAUACCUUAAUUCCCCAACCAGCUACUUAGUUGUAACACACGCAAAGUAAAUCAAAACGGACUAGAAAACAGUUUUAAUCCACCACACCAUGCGCCAGCUCAGCGUGUGUUGGUAUGUGUGUGUGUGUGUGUGUGUGUGUGUGUACGUGUGCCUAAUUUUUGGCACAUUGUUUUAGGCGAGGACAGCUGCUGGCGCUGCUCGGUGUGUAAGAGCUAUUACAAAAAACUAAACACGCGUUGGAGGUGUUUAGCUCUCGAUUUCAAUUUUUUUUGUUUCGGUUUUUUUAAAGUAUAAUUAUUCUCUCUCUUUGUAGAACAAAGCAAUUAAAGCAAGAUUAUACGUCCCACAGCAAUGAGAGAGUUAGGUGUUAUUAUAUUGAAAGCAGAUUUAAUUUAAUGUAUCUCACCUAGAAGUAGUAACUAUGAAGUUAUAUAAAAUAAAACUGAGUACAGACAACUGUGUG